AUGAUGGACAACUUCAACAAGACCGACUCAUUACAGGUGGAGGAUAUCUCGAAGCUCGACCAUGACCCAUUCUACUCGAAACAGUCGGCUCACCGGGGAGCUCUCCUCGAAGAAGAAGAGCGUCAGCUUACUAUUUGGCAAAGCGCUAAAGCCCACAAGUUUGCUCUUCUAAUUUGCUGCAUACCCUUUUGCGGAGCUUCCCUCUACGGUUAUGACUCAAUUGUCAACGGGGCCACUCUAUCCAUGCCGGCUUUUCUUCUCUACUUCGGGGACAUUGACGCUUCUGGAGCAUAUCUACCGUCUAUAUGGACAUCGCUCUGGAAUGCCAUGUCGCUUCUUUGCCAAGCAGUGGGUGCGUUUUUCAUCGGGUUUAUCACGGAUAAAUAUGGACGCAAGUGGCCAGCCUGCUGCUCCGCUAUGCUUACCAUAGCUGGCACAGCUAUGCAAUAUACCGCCGACAGUCGAGGUCUCCUUCUGGGUGGCAAAAUGGUAAAUGGGUUUGGUAUUGGAGCAGUGACAGCGGUAUCGGCCACCUAUGCCUCGGAGAUUGCACCUCUCAAAUUGAAGGGACCCGUUCAGCAGGCAUUGGUUCUCUUCUAUGUUUUCAUGAUGGCUCUUGGCCUUGGAGUCAUCAGGAUCUACGUUCCAGAUAUGUCACUGCACUCUUUUAGAACCGUUUUCGCUAUUCAAUGGGCCGUUGGUGGCCUCACCAUAAUAGCGUAUGCCCUCGCCCCCGAGUCUCCAAAUUAUCUCAUAGCAAAAGGCCAACUUCGUCGUGCCCACAAAGUCAUGAGUCUCCUCCAUGGGAAAGAUAACUCAAUCGAUGACCGUCUGACAUACCUGAAUAAAGUGAUCCUGGAAGAGCACGAACGCAAAGAGUCAGAGGCUGGCUCAUACAUUGAUUGCUUCAAGGGACCUGAUCUUCGGAGAACCUUGACAGUCAUUUUUCUUUAUACGGCACAGAACUGGGGCGGUGCAGCUCUUUUGGCCCAAUCCAUCUAUUUUCUGAUUAUCGCGGGCCUUCCAUCAAUUCAUGCAUUUGAUGUCUCGAUUGGAGGAUUUGCGUUGUCACUCAUUAUCAUCGUCUUGAGCUGGCUUUUCAACGAUAAGGCAAGCUGUCGUAAUGUGCUCCUAGUGGCAUGCGUUUUGAAUUUCCUUAUCAUGCUCGUCAUUGGGGUACUAUAUUACGUCCCGGGAGAUGGCGCUGUGUGGGGAAUCGCCGUUCUUAUGAAUGUCCUGAUAUCUUUCCAAACCAGUCUCUUUCUGGGCAUGGGCUAUCGAAUCGCCGCAGAUGUCGCUAGCUACAGACUUCGAGCCAAGACCCUCUCUGUGGGAGUGGUGUCGCAGGCUUUCAUCGCGUGGCUCACUCAAUUCACUGUGCCUUAUAUGUACAAUGUGGAUUCAGGAAAUCUUGGUGCCCGGACGGGGUUUGUAUUCGCUGGGUUUAGUGUUUUACUUAUUGCUGGCACAUGGUUCAUCGUGCCCGAAACAACCAACCUCACGGCAGCUGAAAUUGAUCAGGCAUACAAGGACCAUGUACCCGUCAGAAAGUUUCAGAGCUACAUUAGGACUAGUCAGACUAGCGAUGAGCCAUGA